CUUUCAGUGAUUACUGAUUUGAAAUUCUAAUGUUAAAAAAUGUGAUCAAUUUUACCUACAGACUAUUAGUUUUAUCAAAAAUUUACAUAUUUUUUUUUAUCCUUCGUUGCUGAACUUUUUUACCGACUGGCUGCUAAUCCUCCGUAUUCCGCUAUUGUGUGGACAAAACGAUAGUGUUUUGUUUACAACACGUGGGCACAUAAUCUAUCUGUCCUGUGGCACAUAUUUUAAAAUGGAAUUUGAACAGUUUUGUAACUUAUUACCGAAAAUAGAAUUGCACGCUCAUCUCAAUGGCUCUUUAAGCGCUUUCAGUUUACAAAAACUGGGAUGCUCCAACGAACAAAUAUCCGAAUAUCAACAAUUAGCGGACUUGCAAGCAACCGAAAAAACCUUAAAUGAAUGUUUUAAAUUAUUCAAAGUAGCCCAUAGUGCUACUAAAAAUCAACAAUCAGUUUACUUGGCCACAAAAUACGUAAUUGAGGAUUUCUUCAAUGAAAAUGUCGCAUAUUUAGAAUUACGGACGACUCCAAGAGAAGAACAAAACAUGACGAAAGCAGAUUAUAUCGAAUCUGUGAUUAGAGCAAUAAAAGAUUGUGAUAAAAACAUCAUUGUGAAGCUGCUUCUUUCAAUUGAUAGAAGCGAUGACUUGAAAUGUGAAGAAAACUUGGAACUUAUUAUUAAAAUGAGGCAAAAAUAUCCCAAUGUAAUAAAAGGCGUUGAUUUUAGUGGUAACCCUUACAAUGGCACUUUCGACCCCAAACUAUUUCAAAAAGCACGAAAUUGUGGCUUAUUUAUCACUCUACACUGCGCUGAAAUAAAAAAUGAUGAGGAGGUUGAAGAAAUUCUCAAAUUUAGACCCGACAGAAUUGGGCAUGGGACAUUUUUGCAUCCUAAUUUUGGGGGUAAUGAUAGCAUUUGGAAAUUAUAUCUUGACACAAACAUUCCAUUGGAAUGCUGUUUAACAUCAAACGUGGCAUGUGGAACGGCGAAAAGUUACAAACAGCAUCAUCUGCAAGAAUGGAUUAAAAAUUCAUUACCAUUUACUUUAUGUACUGAUGAUAAAGGCGUAUUUGGGACGAAUUUAUCCAAAGAACUGGGAUUAGCCUACCAAUAUUUUUCUUUAACACCAACAAACCUCUGGGAAAUGACUCAGAAAACGGUCAGUUACACAUUUGCUUCAGAUGAGGAAAAGAAAGUACUCACCAAAAUUUUACAAGACUGGAAAGUGAAAAAUCACUUCUAACAAAACAGUUUUAUAUUUCAGAUUAUAAAAAAUACAAUAAAUAACUUAUAUUAAUACUUUUAUUAAGGUAUGACUUUUGACGUGUUUAAAGAGAAUAUUUUUUCUAUUACUCACGUCAAAAGUCUCCACCUAUGAACUAAUACGUCGUUUUUUGAGUAGCAUUCAUACAGAUGAAUACCUACCAAAAAUAAAAGAAAAAAAAGUGGUUCAAAUGAUGUUAGUAUGAGUAUUAUAAAAGCAAAAAGAAAACAAUGUAGAAUUCAAAAUUGCAUUUA